GGAGGAGCUGCUGGCGCCGCCGCUACGGCCGAGCGCGACCCUCCGCACCAUGCCCCGCAUCGAUGCGGACCUCAAGCUGGACUUCAAGGAUGUCCUGCUCCGACCCAAGCGCAGCAGCCUCAAGAGCCGGUCCGAGGUGGAUCUGGAGCGAACCUUCACGUUUCGGAACUCGAAGCAGACCUACUCAGGGAUUCCCAUCAUCGUGACCAACAUGGACACCGUGGGGACCUUAGUGGUGAUGUCACAGCAUCCCAUGUUUACAGCCAUUCGUAAGCAUUAUACCCUGGAUGACUGGAAGCUCUUUGCCGCGAAUCACCCAGAACGCCUGCCGCACAUAGCCGUGAGCUCGGGCAGUGGGAAGAACGAUCUGGAGAAGAUGAGCAGCAUCCUGGAAGCUGUGCCACAGGUCAAGUUUAUUUGCCUGGAUGUGGCCAAUGGGUAUUCAGAGUGUUUUGUGGAAUUCGUGAAACUCGUCCGUGCGAAAUUUCCAGAACACACUAUUAUGGCAGGGAACGUGGUGACAGGCGAGAUGGUGGAAGAGCUGAUUCUUUCUGGAGCAGAUAUAAUCAAAGUGGGAGUUGGGCCUGGUUCCGUGUGCACCACCCGCACCAAGACCCGGGUGGGCUACCCCCAGCUGAGCGCCGUGAUCUAGUGCGUGGACUCUGCCCACGGCCUCAAGGGGCACA